UUCAAACAUAAUAAAAUUGAAUCUGACUUUCUCUUUGUCACCAAACUUUGGUUUGGAGUCAACAAAUAAAACCUCAUCUAAAAAAAAAGUUCCAAGCAUGGGGUGUGCAAUAAUCUGGUACCUGCGAGUAAUUCCAAUCCAUUUGCGUUGCAAAGCCUAAACCUGAGCCCAUUUAUUAAUUAUCUUUGCCUACGACGUUAGUUACGAUGGCCUAACAGCUUGUGGGAAGCGAACAACACAUGUCAUAGGAUCAAUAACCAUUUUUGUACCUGCAACUACCGGAAAGCCUAAGUUAAAUAAAGGUAAAGUAAGAAUCAGAGAUACAGACAUUGAAGAUAUCACUUACGAACCAGUUCCAGUAUUCAAUCAAAACAACGACAGUUUUCAAUUGUUUAUAUUAAUCAAAUGGAAUGUAAUUAAAGGAUCAUUAAAACCAUUAGACGGAUUCGCAGUACAUUUUCUCGACGAUAAAACAAAAAAGAAUUACUCGGAAUCCUCUCCAAAUAUACCAAUUAACUCGACAUCAUCAUGCGUUGCAGGGGGAAGUCAUAUGUGGGUAAGAACGGAAAAUCGAACCGGAUGUGACACGGAAGUCAGUCAUGAAGUUUCCGGCUGUAAUUUGGCGCCAGUGGAUUCUUGUCUCUGCACACUACCUAAUUGUUCCCUAUACACACUUGGUUAUGAGUUGCCAUGUACAGGAACUCCGCAAUUUUUGGAAUCUCAAUAUCACCAGACAGUACCACCUACGGUUACAGAAUUGAUGUAUCCCGCAGAAUUCCACGUUCAAUAUGAAUUUUCAAUCACUCCGUACUACAGAGAAUUCAUUGAUCGUUCUCCGUUUACGGCAGUAGUAGGAAGUAUUGAUAAUUGUGUUGAUAUCUUGGAAAAAGCUACAAAAAGUCGGGAAGCAGCAAAUGCAUUAUGUUGUGAACAAGGAGCACAGAAUUUGGUGGCUCACAAUUUAACAUUUUCCAAAUCAGUUCCAAUAUUUACGAAGGAAGCCAACGGUACAUUAGUAAAUAAAACAGUUACAUGGUUACCUCCAUCAACAAGAUCGCGAGUUCUUAGUUAUCAUAUUCUCAUUGUACCAGUUGCAAAAUACACUGAAAUUCUUAAUAUUCCGUUGUUCGACAAUUCAACCAGUAAAGAGGACAACGUAACAGAUAUUGGUGUUGAUAAUUGCACAUUCACAACAUUGUUCAAGCAUCAAAUAACUAUUUAUAAUCUAGAACCCAAUAAAGCAUAUGGUAUACGAGUAACUCCUGUUUUUGAAGAUACGGAAUUGGAAGCAUGGUGCGCCAGUGCAAAAUGUAAUGCAGAAAAAAAAUUUUUCGUCGAAGCUGUGGAAGAUUUAUGCAACGAGGACUAUAAUUUAUGUGUGCCGUCAGCAACUUGCUUACAACAACCAGAUCCAAAUACUGGCCGAGGAGCGACUUGUCUUUGUGACCGCGGCCUCGCGGGAGACGGAUUGGUCCCUGCUAUUGGAGGAGGAGGAUGCUUUGAACUUAAUGAAUGUCAUACAGAUAACACAUCGUGUGUUGCCGAAGCUAUAUGCACUGACAGAAAAGCACCAGAAACGGGAGUCAAUUGUACUUGUAGUUCCGGAUAUGAUGGUGACGGUUUAACUGAUGGGUCUGGUUGUCGAUCAAGAUCACUAUUGGGUGUUGCAAUAGCCCUCCCACUGAUUGUAAUCAUUGUAGUUGUGAUUGUAAUACUAAUAUGGAUCAAAAAGAAACGAGAAAAUGACAAGUUGAAAAGGUUACUGGAAAAAUACGUCCCAGACACUGAGCAUGGAAUUCUUAUUUCAUAUUUUAAUCCCGGAUCAAAAGAACAUGAAGGACCCUGGGCUCCGACUUUUGGAGAUCAAUGGGAAAUAGACCGAUCAAAUCUGCAUUUUGGCGACGUUAUUGGAAGAGGAAAUUACGGUGUUGUUCAUAAAGCAUGGCUAAAACCAAAAAACCCUAAGGGUAAUGAUUCAGCGAAGAACGGAAAAGUAGUCUCUCGAAAUGGUGACUAUUACAAUCCGAUUUCAUCCAACUCAACGGAGGAUGAUAACUAUGAAAAUGCGGGAGAAGAUGAUUCGUUCGUGGUGGCUGUGAAAAGUCUACAAGAAAGUACAGAUAAUCAGAAAAAUCUAGAGAACUUCCUAAUGGAAAUUGCAUUUAUGCUCAAUAUCAAUCACCAUGAAAAUAUAGUGAAAAUACAUGGAUGUUGCACAUCAGAGGAACCAGUUUAUUUAAUCGCUGAAUAUCUGCAAUAUGGUGAUUUGCUUCACUUUCUGUGGGACGCAAGAGAGCCGUCAAAGGGUGCCAAAGAUCCAGUUUACAACGUUACUGAACGAUCGUUAUGCAUUAUGGCUCGUGAUGUCGCUAAGGCAAUGGAGUUUCUUCAAAAAAUUCGGAUCAUUCAUGGGGAUAUCGCUGCCAGAAACAUUCUUGUUGGAAAGCAUGGCAUAUGUAAACUUUCAGACUUUGGUCUCGCCAACGACGUAUAUAGAUAUGGAAAUAUAGGCAAAGGCCAAAGAGAACAAAUAGUUCCAUACAAAUGGAUAAGUCCGGAGCGAAUGAUGCCAGGAGAGGAGCCCAUUACCAAACAUAGUGAUGUGUGGUCGUUCGGGAACUUAUUGUACGAAAUGUUUACUCUGGGAUGUUCCCCUCAUUCUGGCGUGAAUUCGGAGGAUUUACUGGAUAAACUGAAGGCAGGAUAUAGAAUGAAGAAACCAGACACUUGCAACGUUCAAAUAUAUGGAUUGAUGAAACAAUGCUGGGAAUGGAAGCCUUCGUCUCGGCCUAGUUUCAGCUUGAUUGUGAAAAAGCUAAGUGAUACAAUACAACAACUGCCAUCAGAUACAAUGCAGCUCAACUUUGCAAACUCCCUAGGAAAACUUGACAGACAGGCAUACGACAAUGAAACAGCAAUAGAAAUGCAACCGAAGGAUAACGUUUAUGUUAACGGAAACGUUACUGUAGUUGAAAACGAGAAUGAAAAACAAACGAGAGCAAUAUAGUUAGAACUACAUGCUGUUACCAAGGAUCGAUCGACAAUGUCAGUAGGUAGUCCACAGGCUCACCUACUAUUAACAUGUUUUUAUAAAGCAAGCGCGGCCUGUUUUAUGGUCGACGCACGCUUUCCGUCACCACAAGUUAUGCAACAAAGAGGCCGUGUCUCGAAGAUGGGAAGUGGUGUGGUAAAAAAUCAUAAUAUGGCUCAAUACCGAACCGCGAUCUUAUCUAACUUUAUUCACGCCGAUAAAAGUAAGUUAUUGCCGUGACUCCACGAUUGUACAUAUUAUUCUUUUCGUUAGUUUACGAACCCUACCUGAACAAAAGUCGUUGACGAACUCUUGCCACACGAUGUCUCGUGCGAUUAUUCAAUUACAUUUCCGUGUCGUCAUUGGAUUCCUCAAAUUAUGGCACUCUUAUUCUUUGAUAAGGAAUCCAUUUCUUGAAUAGAGCGAGUUGGACAUUUAUAAUUAUCUAAUAAAAUGAUCAGUAUUUUCGGAAUUUCGUCAAAGAUGGAGUAGUUCAAUAAUUAAUGCUUCAGUUGUUCGCGAAUAUUUCAGUAUCAUUUAUGUAAAUAUAUCGUAUUUUUGCCAAAUAUCCUUUUCGAUACUUUUGCACGCUUUACAUUUUGCACAAUUUUUUUGUUUUACAACUACCUACCAAAAAUAAAUGUUUCACAAUAAAUAUUAGUUUGUUUUGGUUAUAAAUUUUUAUGCACGCUUGUCGCCAAAUUACUAACUCCAUCAAAGAGGAGCAGCAAAUGAUGGCGGACUCAAGUCAACAGUGGGCUAUAUAAUCCGAUAUAUAUAAACUUGAACCCGAUUUCCCCAACCAGAAACUAAUAAAAGGUUAGAAUCCAAAGACUUGAAUUCGAAAUUUACGUUAGUAAGUAUCAUUGAGAAAUUUUCGUAAAAGAAUUGAACUAGAUAUAUCUGAAAUUCUAAGUGAAACCAAAAACAUUGGCCUCAGGUUGUCGACCAUUCGUGUUUUCGGGCAAAAUACAAUUGACAAUAAUUCGGGUUUCAAGUAGCUAAUAAGUAAAAUUGAGAAAAUUCCAUUCUUUCGAGAAUUCCUAAAAGUAAUUAUGGAUAAGCUGCAAACUGUAGCCAUGUGACGAGUAGAGAGUAACAUAUUGGUGAAUUGUUCAAUUUGUCGUGCUGAAACGCAAUUUUCAGUUUUGAUGGGAUGAGGAAAAAAAGCAGGUACGUCGAUAAAAGCCAUCUGCGCAUGCAAAGUUGAAAACAUUGUUUUUAGAAAAGAUCACUCUCACAUAACAAUGUGAACUAGUUUUACUCAAAUCGGUCCGCAGCUCUCAGUCAACUCAUCAAAAAGGUCCCAUGAGCUGAAAUGCUGGAAAAUUACAAUUCAAACCAAACAAUCCGAUAGUGUUUUCAAGUUCCCAUGCUUGGGAGAAAGUAUAAUCUUGAUUUCCCGAAAUUGCGUGAGACCAGAAUAAUUUUCAGUAAAACGAGACGUAUUUACAAAUAACAAACAUAUAUUGUACAGACAUUUACAAAAAUGUGGAACAAAUCGAAACUAUAUUCAUGAUUAUAACUUUUUUCGAAACAUCCUACAAAUCUACAUUACCCAUAUAUUGAAACGAAUGUUACCCAGUGGAAAGAAACCGCAACCAUGAAGCAGUGGCAGUGCUUCAUGAACAUGAUAAAUGUAAAAUGAAUAAGGGAAUAUGGGUAGAGAGAGAACCAGUACCAGAAAUAUAGAUAAAUUAACUGGUGGCAACUGCAACAUCAGCCAUUCGAACAUCGGCAGUUUGUUGAAUCAAAUUUGGAACUGG